CCCCUACCCACGCCCCCUUCCCCUUGUGCCUAGUUCUGGGGCCAGCGCACUACACAACGUGAAAUGUCUCCUGGCUGCCAAAGACAAGUCCAAGGAGGCCUGCCCUGGAGGCCCCUCAGCUCAGGCUGGGGAACCCAACUCGUCCCAGGAAAUAGAGCAUUUUAUAGAGGAAGGAUGGGGUGGGGCGGACAUUCGGGGUGCCAUGUUUGAGUGCCAGUAGUGGCCUCAGGCCGUAGCACCCUGGGUCAGAAUGUGUUGGGAAGACUGGCUUCCUAGCUAGGUGUGGCUGGCCAGGAAGAGAGUUAGCCACUGGGGAGCAGAGAAGCCUCGAUUUUAGUGGGAGAAGGGAGUGGGGAGGGGGCCGUACACGUGGCCUAUCAGCCCAGGGUGGGCAAGGGGGGAAUAGGUCGGGAAUGGUCUGAGUGGAGAAGAGACGUUGGGAAGGGAUGGAUGAAAGGGAGGAGGCCACAGGCAGGGAGAGUGUGAGGGCCUUAUGGGAGAGAAGAGGAUGGUGGCAGCCUGGAGGGUGAGGGAGAGGGAAGCCUCCGGCCCCUCCAAGUUCACCCACCCGCAUGACUGGGGACACGUUGAGUUGGAGAUGCCACCGGGAAAUGCCCAGUGGAAAGCAGGCCAUGCGCCUGGAGAGAGGUGAAUGCUGGCACCAUCUGGCUCAGAUGAGGAGGGGCAAAGUGAAAGAGCCAAAUGGAGGUGGGGAGCUGAAUGGAGCGUCCGGGAGGAAGAGCCUGCUGGGGCCGGGGUGUCAGUGCCAAAGCACUGCCCGGUUUGAUGCCCUGUGAAGGGUUUGGGCUCCGGGCUUUGCAGGGGGCUCAGUCCUCCCUGGGGAGGGGACCCCUCACCCUCCUUGAGCUCCAUGACAACACCUGCCUCUACCUCUUCAGGUCUGAAGCCCCUUUGCCACCCAGAGGCAUGCUGGGGCCCAGGCCCAGUCCUUCAAAGGGCUCCAUGUUCCUUGCUGAGGGGUGUACUUCUCUGGGUCUCAGUUUGCUCAACUCUGAGGUGGAGCCAAACUCAGUUUAUCCUGUGACUGGUCCUUUCUCCCAUCAGAACCAGCUGGGGGAGUUGGGGGGCAGGAAUCUCACCUCACACUCCCCAAAGUGGCUUCAAUGAGGGCAGGGCUGCCUUAUGGGAAGAGCAGAGGUGGGGGAGCUGGAGUUCAGCUCCAGAGCUCAGCCCCAGGGCCUCCCGCAGAGAAGAGGGAGGAGCCCAGGAUCUGGGGGGAGAGAUCUGAAGGAGCUAGAGCCCCCCCUCCCACUGCGACUCUGGCCCUGGGCCCUUGGAGGGUUUCCUACAAUAACGGUGUCAGAGACAGUAGACUAGGAGAGCCUGCUGGGCCAGUUCAGGCCUCCUUGUGUGUGUCCCUGUGGGGCAUCGGGCCAAGCCUGGCCACACGGGCCAGUUCUGGUUCAACCUGAUUCAUUUUGAACCCUCCCCUCCCCCCAGCCAUACACGCUCUCCAGACCAGACCUGGGCCAGUCUGGGGAACAGCAGCUAGAGGACAGCUUCUCCACAUCGGCCGUGAUCCUGGCCUGCAGGGGGAGAUGGGGAUUCUGCAGCCCUGACUGACGCCCUGUUCACAGCUUGCCAGCAGGGCCAGCUGACUCAGCAUGGCCAGCCCUGGGGAGCCCACCAGGGCUGGGCCUUCAGAGGAGGAGGAGGAAGAGGAGGAGGGGGGGAGCCUGUCCAGGGAGGCUCCCAAUCCCUCCAGCUCAGCUGGGGACAUCGAGGCCCUGACAGAUUCAGGGGAGAUGCUGGAGAAGGCACGUGAGCUCUUCUUCCUCUGUGAUAAGGAGGCCAAGGGUUUCAUCACCAAAAUGGACCUCCAGAGGCUGCAACAUGAGCUUCCCCUGACCCCAGAGCAGCUGGAAUCUGUAUUUGAGAGUCUAGACCAAGGACAUACAGGCUUCCUGACACCCCGAGAAUUCAGCAUGGGCCUGGGAGCUUUCAUGGGAAUGGACAUGCCCGGCGGUGCCCCCUCCGUGGAGCCUGGGGAGGAAACCUUUGAGACUGGCUGGUCUGAUGGUUUGGGGCACAGAGCGUCAGAGGAAGGAGAAGCUGUGACAGAGGAGGACCGUUUCUGGGCCACCAUGGAGCAGCUGGGGGCCGCCCAUAUCCUGGGGGAGCAGGGUGAGGUGCGGGCCCUGUGGGCCAGGCUGCAGCAAGAGUGCCCAGAACUGCUGGGCAGCUUUGAGGAAGUCCUGGUGCAGGUGUCCUCCUGUUUGGGGGAGGCGGCCCAGGAGAGGGAGACUGUGGAGCAGGCACUGUGGAGGCGAGAAAGUGACCAUGAGAAGGAAGUUCGGUGCUUAUAUGAGGAAAUGGAGCAGCAGAUCCGGGCAGAGCGUGAGCGCCUGCAGAACCAGGACCCCUCCCGCCAGGACCGGGUCAGUCACAUCCUUCAAGAACUACAAAAUAAGGACCAGGAGCUAGAUCGGGCCAGCCGGCGGCAGAGAGAGUUAGAGCAGCUGCUGCAUCAGCAGACGUCAGAGCGCCUGGAGACACAGGCGCAGAACGCCCACCUCUGGCUGGUGAAUGAGGAGCUUCGGACCCAGCUGGAGCAGAGCCAGGCCCAGCUGGAGGUAGCUCAGGAGCAGCUGCUGCAACAGCAGGAGGAGGCUCGGGCUGAGAAGGAGCAGAAACACAGGGAUGUGGUCAUUGUGUCCAGGAACAUGCAGAAGGAGAAACACAGCCUCCUCCGGCAGCUAGAGCUCCUGAGGGACCUGAACAGAAGGCUGCGGGAUGAGAGAGAUGCGUUCGAGGCCAAGAAGCUGCUCCUGGCCCAGGAAGCCACAGCUUUCCUGGCCCCAAGCAAGACUUCGGUCCUGGGCCUCAACCCACAAGAUGAAGGAUUAAGCCCCAAGGACAUCUAGACGGUCCCCUCUGCGUUCCCGUCCCAAGUGUGAACCAUCAAAGCACCCCCAUCCCCAAAUAAACCCACCAAUUGCA